AAAAUUAUGUGAAUCAUUUUUUUAAUAGAUCAGUAAAAAUUAAAUUAUAGUAUAAUAUUAUCUUAAAAUUAAAGCAAGAUGUUGAGUUGUCCGUUUAGAUGCUGCAAUCACAUUCGCCGUUUCAAUGCUGUGGUCAGCAACAAUAGCCUUGAAGUCGCAACUUACUUAGGACAAACAAGGAACUAUAACAAAGAUAAAGGGAGUUGUUGUAAAGAUGUAGCUCAAACUGAGGGUAAAUUGGUCGAACAAUGGCCUAAGAGUGAUCCACCACCACCGGCGUGGCGAAAUGAGUGUCCCAGAGACCCACAACCGCCGAACUACGACCCAUACAGGAUCAAAGUUCCAGAUGUCGUUGUUCCGCCCUUGCCGCCCAGUAAUGCGAAGCCCAUGAUAGACUGUGCUCGCACGAAGGGUCCUUGCUCAGUGAAGCCACCACCGGAACCACCCGCAUGUCCACCACCACCACCCAAACCAUUCCCUUGGAUCUACGUCUGGUCUGUUGCUUCAUUCUUUGGUAUUAUGGGGUUGAUUUAUAAGUUGUAUUUAUGGCAAGAAAUGAGAAUUAAACUUGGUGACCAUACUCCUAAGUGGCGCCCUCGACGAAAAAUUAAGGCACCUUUCCACUGCAAGGAUUUACCAGCCUGUGUACAGUAUCUGAUAGUAGGCGCCGGAGCUGCCGGAUGGGCCGCUUACCGCGCGAUCAUGGAGCACGAUAAGACUGCCAAGGUUUUCUUCAUAACUAAAGAAGACUGUCUGCCGUACAUGCAGCCCCCAAUGUCUAAACACAUGUGGUGGAAUCCCGAACCACCUGACAUAAAAACUCUCAAUUAUAUCGAAGAGGGUACGCGACACACGAUGUAUUACGCGGAUUGUGCAUCUUUCAUGGAUCCCAUAAAGUUUUAUCGUAAGAAAAAAGGUCCAGCUGUGUCGAUAGCGAGGGGUUGGUGUGUGCUGAGAGUUGACGCGGAUGAUCACGUCGUCUGGGUGAAAACAAUGUGUGGGGAGCAGCCUAUAUAUUACGAGAGAUGUCUUCUUGCACCUGGCGCAAAAGCAAAUAACCUAUCCAUAUUCAAGUCAGCGUCGAAACAAGUUCGGGACAGAGUCUGCACACUUCGUACUAUCCGAGAUCUGGAGAUUGCCUAUCGGAAGGUGAAAGCAUCGAAGCACGUAGUUAUAAUCGGAGGUGGUUUCUUAGGAUGUGAACUUGCUUGGUACUUGGGGAGGAUGGAUAGAGUGGUGGAACGCCACGAGGAAAAAGAACCACUGAAGAUCGUGCAGAUCAUCAAAGACAAGGGUAUCAUGUCUGGAGUGUUACCGGAGUAUAUCGGCGAAUGGGCGACCGAGAAGAUUAAGUGUGAAGGCGUGACUGUUAUACCGAAAACCCAAGUAUACGAUGCCUUCGAAACUCCCGAUGGACGUCUUGAAUUAACUUUAUCAAAUGGAAAUUCUAUAGUUACAGAUUAUGUUUUCGUAGCGAUUGGCACGGAACCGCGUGUAGAGUUAGCGGAACCAUCUUUCUUAGAAGUGGACCCGGUUAAUGGAGGCUUUCUGGUCAACACCGAGUUGGAGGCCAGGACACACUUAUAUGUGGCAGGUGACGCAGCGAGCUUCUACUCCCAAUGGAAGGACACCAGGCUCCGCUUGUCCCACUUCGGUAACGCUGAGGAGCAAGGCUACGUGGCUGGGGCCAACAUGACUGGCUACUGGGUGCCGUGUAAUAUGGAACCACAUUUUAAAUUACACCUCGGUGAAUCUCUCGAAAUGGAGGCGGUAGGUGAGGUCGGCGCAUGUAUGUCUACUGUGGGCAUAUUCAAGCCGUGUAGUGAAAAUACUAAACCGCAAGCACCAGCUGCUGGGGAUGGAGACAGACCUUGCUACAAACAGUCGGAAGAAUAUCGGAACAGAUAUAAGCGAGGCAUGCUGUUUUAUUUGCGAGACGAAUUGAUAGUGGGUUUGGUGUUUUGGAACAUGCCGCCUGUCGACGAUCGCUAUGGGGUAGCCACAGAGGUUCUUCGAGCUCGUCCUACGUAUAAGGACAUCAACAUGCUGGCAGGACUCUUCGGAUUCCCGGAGACCCAGUGCGACUACCUCAGCGAGGAAGAACUUAAGGAACCAGGGCCUUGUAUUCAAAACCGGAGAUUUGCAUGAAACGAA